AGUUCAAUUAUCAAAGCAUCAACUCAUAGAGUAUUACCCGAACUUUGCAAGUCAAAAGUAUGAUAGAGAAAUGAACGCACUCCAAUUGGUUUGGCGGGAGUAGGUGUACGUGGACGCCAAAAUCGUAUAUUUUGCUUAUUAAUAUUUUGUGAAUGCGUCAUGGGCGAUAAGGAUGGAGACACCUUUGAUGAUGCAGUUGAAGAGCGGGUCAUUAAUGAAGAGUACAAGAUAUGGAAGAAGAACACUCCGUUUCUGUAUGACUUGGUGAUGACUCAUGCCCUCGAAUGGCCUUCGCUCACCGCACAGUGGUUGCCAGAUGUGACGAGACCUGAGGGCAAAGACUACUCCGUGCACCGCCUCAUUCUCGGCACGCACACGUCAGACGAACAGAAUCACCUGCUCAUUGCGAGCGUGCAGCUGCCCAAUGAAGAUGCACAGUUUGAUGCUUCUCAUUAUGAUAAUGAGAAGGGCGAGUUUGGUGGAUUUGGCUCUGUGAGCGGCAAGAUCGAAAUUGAGAUCAAGAUAAACCACGAAGGAGAAGUAAAUCGGGCAAGAUACAUGCCCCAGAACCCAUGUGUGAUCGCCACUAAAACCCCUUCGAGCGAUGUGCUCGUGUUCGACUACACUAAGCAUCCUUCGAAGCCAGACCCUAGUGGGGAGUGCCACCCAGACCUCAGGUUGCGGGGUCAUCAGAAAGAAGGGUACGGACUGUCUUGGAAUCCCAACCUAAAUGGCUACCUUCUGAGUGCUUCCGACGACCACACUAUCUGCCUUUGGGACAUCAAUGCUACUCCGAAGGAAAACAGGAUCAUUGAUGCUAAAACAAUUUUCACUGGACACACUGCAGUAGUAGAAGACGUGGCGUGGCACUUGCUGCACGAGUCCCUGUUCGGCUCGGUGGCCGACGACCAGAAGCUCAUGAUCUGGGACACGCGCUGCAACAACACCAGCAAGCCGUCGCACACCGUGGACGCCCACACGGCCGAGGUCAACUGCCUCUCCUUCAACCCCUACUCGGAGUUCAUCCUCGCCACCGGCAGCGCGGACAAGACUGUGGCAUUGUGGGACUUGCGCAACCUGAAGUUGAAGCUUCAUUCGUUCGAAUCUCACAAGGAUGAAAUUUUCCAGGUCCAGUGGUCCCCGCACAACGAGACGAUCCUGGCUUCGAGUGGCACCGACCGCAGGCUGCACGUGUGGGACCUCAGCAAGAUCGGGGAGGAGCAGUCGUCAGAAGAUGCCGAGGAUGGACCCCCAGAGCUGCUGUUCAUUCAUGGUGGCCACACUGCAAAAAUUUCGGACUUCUCUUGGAAUCCUAAUGAGCCUUGGGUGAUAUGCUCAGUCUCGGAAGAUAACAUCAUGCAAGUGUGGCAGAUGGCGGAGAACAUAUACAACGAUGAGGAGCCGGAAACCCCGGCGUCUGAACUGGAAGCAGGUGCAUCGUAAGUGUGGGGCUUCGGCGCGCCACUUCUCGAACUUGACUUUAAGACUUUUCUACCACUGGUAUUAUAUCAACUGUUCGCGUGUUUGUAGGAAGGUCCUUGAGUGAUUUCUCCUCGUUUUGCAUUGAAGUAGUGUGGUAAGGAACGUUUGUUUCAGCAUUCAGUGUUCGGAGUGUAGCAUACUGUAUUCAGAUAACAUGUGUGUAAUUGAAAUUAGCAGACCAAAUAGUGUUGAUGAUAAUGUUUUGCAAUAUUUGGGACCUACUUCUUAAAUUGUCAUUCAUGAUUUUUUUUGUCUUAAGCGGAUAAUUUUAAAUGUUAUCUUAUGUGCGUGCAGUUAUAUGAACCUCUUAGAUUUUAAGAAAAAUUUUCAUUUUUUACUUUACUUGAAGCAGUGAAUACUUACUAAUAUACAGACUGGAUGAUCAUAAAUUAUUUUUUGUUUAAUAAUGUUAAGUGUAGAAAAAUGUGUAGUAGUGUUUUGUCAAAUUUUUUGUGUGUUUGUAUAUGAAAAUUAAUACCCUAGCUGUGCUUGGAUUUAAAUUUACCAGCAAAUAUUAUGUAUUUUUUUUUUUUAAAUCAGCUUGGCUUUGUUUUAAAAUGUAAAAACACAUAAGUUGAUGUAUAAUUUUGUGCUUGUAUAAAUGAUUUAGGACAGUGACUGUGCUACAUAUUUUUGUCAUAAAUUAAAAAAAAUAUUGAUUUAUUAAAAAAAUCAAAGAAUUAUUCUUGUUAACAAAGUGCUUUUGAGGCGUGUAAGUGAGGAAUGAUGUGUCUCUCAAAACUUAAACAAAAAUUUUUUCCUUAUGCUAUAUAUAAAUUUUCAUUUUAAGUUGUUUGAGGACCAUUGCAAUCUACACUGCAUAUAUUGCAAAGUUUUUAUGCUCCAGCUGAUAUAUAAGUUUCUGUUGCCAAGAAGAUGGCUUUACAAUUGCUGACAUCCUGUGCCAUCUAUUGUAAAGUUUGUACAAUGAUAAUAAAUUCCAUGUAAAACUGUA